AUGGACGACUCACCACUGUCCCGCUUGCCGCUUGAGCUCCGCGAACAAAUCCUUGACUACACCACGGCCACAAACGUCCAGCACAUUGACGACUGCGGUAGGGACUAUAAUUUUGGGGUGCUUGCCAAAUCGAUGAUGAUGGAACUUACUCGCCGUCAUGCUUUUAUGGCUACCUGCCGCGAGCUUCAAGGUCUGGGUCUACGCCUCCGUCUGCGACGUACAGAGUUCAUCUGGGACUGUUCUUCAGAGCAAUCAUCACGGAAUAUAACGAAGGCUAUCAAUACACGGACUUUGGACGAUGAAGCGAUAUUCCACACUUUGCCAGAGCUACAGACACAAGGCUUUAUCAGCAGUAUCCGCGGUGCAGGCGCUGUCACCUCAGACGAUUAUCUGCACCGCGAGAGCUGGAAAAUGAAGGGACCGUCUUUUGCUAAGAAAUACGCGAAUUGGGUCGAUGAACCCCUCGACAUCCUGAUCAUGUAUGAAAGGGCAGCGUGUAUCACCUUUCGUCUCCGCACUGAACAAUACCAGAGAGAGCUUGAUCAUCACCAACUGUUCUAUCGACACAGCUACCGUCUACAAACUUUCACCGAUGGCAAUGCUGCAAGACCAAUCNNAAAAAAAGCCUUGAGAGGUACUUGGAAGCGUGACACGAUAAGCUUGACAAUCCACAUGCUAAACGAAGCAACCUCUCUCCGACGAAUAGAAGAAGCCAUGUCACUGCUCGAAAUCGAACACUACAAAAAGGUCAAAGCCAUCCAAAAAGAAAUCGAACGAGAAGUGCGACCAUAUCCGGAAAGUGAUGAUGCUGACUUCAGCGACGUACGACGUACGUAUGAGCAGUUCAUCCGCGAUAUGAACCUUAAAUACUCUCUGUGGAGGCAGCGAGUNAAAAAGUUCCACGAAGGAUUGAUCAAAGUGGUCAUGCUGAGUUACCGGAUGGACUAUCGUGCGCUUGCGGACCCCAUGUUCGAGAUACGGCACGACUUCGAGCGAAUGGCACCUUAUGAAUACACUGGCGACCAGGUCGUCGACGCUGUCGUGGAGCUAGUAAGGACAACCAAACUUCAGAAGAUGGAGCCAAGGUACCGCAUCGAAUCAGACCUAUGGCUUUAG